CUUUGGGUGCUCAUUUCCCUCAUCUUCUCUCUCCGUCCUCUCUCUCUCUCUCAAUCCCUUCCCUGUUACACAAUACUAAAUUUGGGCUUGAUUUCACCAUAAAAAUUAACAUAUAUAUUUAUUGUUAAUGAUAUGGAGAGUUUCAGAACCAGGCAGACUUCAGGACUCACCGGUGGCGACUCCACCGAGUCUGUUGACCAGGAAGAGACUUCUAGCCUAGACUCUCCAGUGACGGAACCUAUGUCCAUGGAAUGGACGGAUGAGAAGCACAGUUUGUACCUCAAAUCCAUGGAAGCAUCAUUUGUUGACCAGUUAUAUAAUUCUCUUGGUUUGCUUGGUUGGCACUCUCAAAAAGAGAACCCAUCAGAUUCCAAACCAUCCUUGCAAAUGCUUUGUAAAACCCGCAACUCAUCUGGCCAGUUCAAGGUUCUUCGUGGUGGCUUCUGGCAGAAGAUCAAUUUUGAAAGAGCUAGGAAGCAAAUGGUUAAAGCAGAUGGAUCUCAUGUUCUUCUAGCAAAUCCAUGGAUCCAGCAUUUCAGAUCGGCGUGCAGGGAUGAAACUGUAGUGUUGCCUGCUCCUCAGGAGAAUGGUUCUUCCACAAGGAAAGCAGUCCCCUCUAGAGGGAAAAAGGCAUCACCCUGUGGAUUAGCCACCACUUCAAAGCAGUUCCCCAUGUAUCACUGUCAUUUGCGCCAACGAGAUUCCCUCAGCACCAAUACAGAGGUGUCUGAUCAGAACUUUCUUGACGAUGAUGUUGAAGGGGGGAGGGAAAACAGUCUAGUCAGUGCAAAGAGGAUGAAAACAAUAGUGGUUGAUACUUGUGUCAAUGAUCAAGUUGUUCCUUCUCACAGACAUACUGUCACUGGAGAUGCCACUAUGAACAGUGUCCCUGCAGACUGAUGAAGGAUUCUAUCAAUGACUGUCAAGCAAGCAACAAGGCUGGCUUCAGAUCACAAUUUGGUCUGUGUAUAUAUUCUUUUCUGUUCCGGAGGUGGAUGAAGGAAACUUGGGGCAUAUUGAUUGUUAUAACUCAUAAACCAACAACAAAAUCAAGAGAGGGAAAGCAUAGUAGAUGUGGCUUUAGUACUAUGAAAGAGGAGCAUGGAGAGAGAGAGGAAGAGACGGCACCAAUAGGUGUGUCUUUACUCUCUGGUAGUACAAAUUGGGGUAUGGACAAGAAUGAAGAAUGUUGUGUGCGACCACUCUUCUUCCUCUUUCUUUUUGGGUGGGUGGAGCUGUUUGUUGUUGAUUUGUGUCUGGGCAUAGUAUAUGUAUUGACGAGAACCUGACUUCCAUGGCUAUAACAAGCACAUAACAAACAUUUGUAUAUGUUUCUUUUUUGUGAUUUUAUGGAUGUGUAGCAAGCGCAUUAUAUUA